UGAUUCAGUGAAAUGGUUCAUUCUGGUGACUGUUUUUACUGAGUUCAGCAAUUCUGCAGCCGUAUUUAACAGUCAUGGGCCAGAACUGCUCAGUUCAGCUUGGACUGUCAAAUCGAGUCAGACGAAAGAGUCUCAAAAAGUACCUUUGGCAAUUUCGCGUUGUUUUAGUGGGUGAUUCUACUGUGGGCAAAACAUCCAUUGUGCUCCGUUUAACUGAAGGAACAUUUAGAGAAGACCACCAGAAAACCAUUGGUGUGGAUUAUUACAUUCAUGUUCUGGAAACCACACCAACAGUCAGAGUGAAACUACAACUGUGGGAUACAGCAGGAGAAAGGGAACACAGAACCAUCACAUAUUCCCAUCUCCAAAUGAUACUUGGUGGACUGCUGGUAUUUGAUUUAACAAAUCGCCAGUCUCUUGACUACCUCACAAACUGGCUGGAUGAAAGUGGGACUGUGCUUGACCAAUGCAAGUGUAUCUUCAUCCUGGUUGGCCACAAGAGUGAUCUGUCAGCUGAAAGGCAGAUCUCUCAAGAGGAGGCUGAACAGGUAGCAGCGAAUUUAGGGGUGAGAUACAUCGAGACAUCAGCCAAAGAUGACACUAACAUACAGGAGGUCUUUCGCACUCUGGCAUCAUCAAUCGCUGAAUCAGUGAAAGCUGAGUGACAAGUGAAAGUCAAUGGCUGUUUAUUUUUAAACAAACUUUUUUGCCAAUUGAUUUUUGAAAACUGAUAUGUCAUUUUGGUUGGUAUUGUUAAUUUUGGCAACAAAUCUACUUUAAGUUGGGGUGAAAGAUAUUUCCCAAAAGGGAAAGCAUAUCCUUGAUCAACACAAGGCACUUUCUUUCUAACAACUUGCAAACUCGACCAAUGAAUGAGGGACAGUUUGAGGAUGAUGUCUUAUAAACAAUGAGUAACUUCAGAGUGAAGACCUUGCGUACAAUGGUACCGCUGCGUUUGUAGUUGUUUUCUUUUUAUUUGUGUAAAUAUAAGAUUGUCCCAUGGAACCAAGAUAUUGUCAUGCCAUUCAGCAAGUGCUUUACUGAUGUCAGCAUAACUACAGCAUCAGAUAGUUACAACCAGUUGCCAUUACAUGUCUCGGUCCCUGCACAGAGAGUAUAAACUCUCAACUUUUACAGGAAGAUGGGUGAGGAUUAAUUGGUUUUAAAUCCAAAGUUUUAUGUGUUUAGUUGAAACAAUAAUGUCAGAAUAGUGACUUGAAGCUGUGGAAAUUUAUUGGGUUUACAAGCAAUUAUAAACCUAAUACUUAUAAACUAGGCAGCAUUGUAUUCCAUCCAUGUCUUAAAAACAUUUUAAAUGGUACACAUAAAGGUGGAAACUUUAUGACGUUUAAGAUCUCUGCAAGCAAAUCUUUGUAUUUAAUUUUUAUAUUGUCUUCUGAAAAUGACCUAAAAUAAAAUAAACCAUGUUAGUUA